AUGAACCAGAAAAGCAAAACAGGCGACAAGUCGGACGCAAUAAUCUCCAACUCUGAGCAGUCGAGUGACGUCGGCCAAGUCCACGACAAGUCCGAGAAUUGGUGGACCCGCAUCCUUACGUUUCUGGAGGUGCAAAAGUCUACACGCGAGGAGACCAUCAAAGAAACGUUUCUCUACAACUUCGACCUGAGGCCUGUAGAGAAGAAGCGUCGCGUGUGGUCAUGGUUCAACUUCGUUUACUUCUGGCUUGCGGACUGUUUCAACAUUAACACCUGGCAAGUCGCUGCAACAGGGCUGCAGCUCGGCCUCAACUGGUGGGAAACGUGGUUGACCGUGUGGAUUGGGUACGCAAUUCCCGCGUUAUUAAUCGUGGCCAUUGCUAGAAUAGGUUCCUCCUACCAUGUUUCCUUCCCUAUCGCCGCAAGAGCCUCUUUCGGGGUUUUCUUUUCCUUGUGGCCUGUUAUCAAUAGAGUCGUGAUGGCUAUCGUGUGGUACUCUGUGCAAACAUGGAUUGCCGCGUCCCCUAUUUCGCUGAUGCUGAAGAGUAUUUUCGGAUACAACCUACCAAACCGUAUUCCAGACCACAUCAGCACGCCCAAUGCAACCACCUACGAGUUCAUGUGCUUUUUCAUCUUCUGGGUAUGCCAGCUUCCUUUUGUGUACGUGCACCCUCACCAGAUUCGCCAUCUGUUCACAGUUAAGGCUGCUUUGAUCCCCUUCGCCGCUUUCGGGUUUCUAAUAUGGGCACUCGUAAAGUCUGAUGGUAAAAUCGCUCUAGACUCCUUGGUCGAAGGCCCUCAACUGACGUCGAGCGAGCGUGGCUGGGCUUUCAUGCGCUCUGUUCUGGUGUGUAUUGGUAACUUUGCCGCCUUAAUUAUCAACGCCCCGGACUUUUCCCGUUUUUCCAAAACCAAACUAUCUGCUACUUGGUCUCAAGCCCUCUCAGUUCCAUUUUUCUUUUCAAUCACGUCUUUGAUUGGUAUUAUUGUGACCUCAGCUGCAUACAAACUCUACAGUGUGAAUUACUGGUCUCCGCUAGACGUGCUUGACCGGUUCUUGGGUGAUGGCUUCACUAGGGGUGAACGUGCGGGUGUGUUCCUCAUAUCGCUAAUUUUCGCCAUUGCACAGCUGGGUACCAAUAUUAGCGCAAACUCUCUGUCUGCGGGUACAGACAUGACAGCCCUUUUGCCCAAAUACAUCAACAUUAGAAGAGGUGGGUUUAUUUGUGCAGCUCUAGCGCUCUGUAUCACGCCCUGGAACCUGAUGUCAAGCUCUAACAAGUUCACAUCCGCUCUGAGUGCGUACGCUAUUUUCCUGAGUUGCAUUGCUGCUGUCAUGGUUGCGGACUACUAUGUUGUCAGGAGAGGCAAGAUCGAAAUUCAACACUUGUUUUGCGCCAACAAAGAAGUGUCCAUCUACAUGUAUGGCAAUCGCUUCGGCAUCAAUUGGCGAGCUCUGGUGGCUUAUGUGGUCGGGAUUGCGCCAAACAUGCCAGGCUUCGUGAGUACAGUUGGUGACAACAUCCAUGUCUCGGCCGGUGCUCUGCGUCUCUAUUACCUCAACUACCUGGUUGGGUUUUCAAUUUCAUUCGUAGUCUACGUGGGGCUUUGCCGCUUCUUCCCGGUGCCAGGUGCUCCCGUGGCUAAUUGUUUACAGAAAAGUGAAUGGAUGGAACUAUAUCCAGAGGUUGAGUACUUCGAAGAGGACAGAGAAGCCUUUUUUGCGGACUACAGUCUUGGAGUUGUAUCUUCAAGGUUGGGAGAAGGGGACAAAGGCGAUAUAACGUCGGCAUUCGCCGUUCGCAGUCAAGAAUAA